UUCUGCUGUUUUUUGAAUGACAACUUCAAAAACAACCUCACUUAUUAAAAUGAACUAAACUAAAAUAUAAACUAAUAUAUUAAACAUCCGCAUGCUUUUAUACUUGAUCUUUCAUAAGCCCAACUAAAGAUAAGAGAGAGGAAAAUCUUUUUUUUACUACUUCCUGUUGAAACCUGGCUGACACACACAGAAACAGACAGACACACCAGACAGAAAACACAGAAAGCAGCAUCAGAAUACAGCACAAAGUUAUAUUUCUCAUUUUAAACUACGGCAAUACAGCAGAAAUACAGCGAUGCAGUGACAGCAACAGAGUACGACGAGUAAAUCGAGACUAGAAAAAAAAGCUACAGAGACUUUUCGGUUGUUUUUUUUAAUGCCUUAAAAAUGUCUUCCAACAUUUAUGAAAAGCCGAAUGAGCUGAUGAACGCGAGAUACAGCAAAGGAGCCCAAGGGGACAGAGGAGAGAGAACAGAGAGACUGGUCGACAUCUACGAGAGCUUCGACCGUUUGACUGAUCAUCGGGUGGAUUUUUCGACACAGGAUGGAGGAGCAAACACUCGUCAUCCUCCAGCUGUCCUGAGAGACCCUUUUACAAUUGCUGCAGUGAUUCUGGGUCUACUGUGUCUCGUGCUACUAAUCGGAAUCACUGUCCUGUUCAAACUCUAUACUUCAGUCUCUCUGGAAAGGGACCAGCUGACUGAAGCUAACAAGCUGAGGACAAACAUUAGCGAGAGUUUGUGUCCUGAGGGAUGGAAGAGAUUUCGAUGCAGUUGUUACUACAAAUCUACUGAGAUGAAGAGUUGGGAUGACAGCAGAGCAGACUGUAAGAACAGAACAGCAGACCUGGUGGUCAUAAACAACAAAGAAGAACAGGAGUUUCUCAGAGAGCUGAAUGAAGAUGGAACUUCCUGGAUCGGCCUACAGACUGUGAAAACCUCAGAGUGGCCGGAGAAAUGGGGGUGGAAAUGGGUGGACGGAUCAACACCUUCAUAUAUGACCUGGGAAAUAGACCAGCCUUUACCACCUAUGAACUGGUCCACAGUGUCCAUUAAUCAAAAAGGAAAAUGGAUCAUUAGCAAUGAAUCCAAACAAUGGAUCUGUGAGAAAGAAGUCUCCUGAAAGCUUCCUGGUGAUCCUGCAGUUAUAUUUAUACAAAGUAACUGUUAUGUUCUGGGUUUAAAUCCUGUUGCAUGUCAUUAUUCCCUCUCUGUCCACAUGCAUCUUGUUCUUAAUAAAGGCAAACAUGAGAAAAUGAACUGUACACGAGUCUUUAAUGUUCAUAACAUGUCAGAAGAAACAAACAGAAUUACAUUUUCUUUGCUGUUCUUUAAGUCUUACUGUGAACCCACGAGAAAGUAUCUGAUAUAUUAAAUGAAUUUAACAAAGUAAAUCAAUCAAUUAAUAUUGAUGAAUCAAUGCAUAAGCAGCAUAUAUAUCACUUACAGCCUGAUUUUCACAAACUGUCUUCACCACACUGACAGUCAGCAGAAAUUUACUGAACCAAUAUAAUUUUCAUGUCAGCUCCAAGGGGAAAGAAAUUGACAGUUUUUAUAGUUCUUGAUUCAUGGAUUUUAUUUCCCCGCCCACUGUAGCGGGCGAGGGGAAUCUGCAUAUGAAACCAGCCACACUGGGAGCUUAAAUCAGCCUUAAUUCUGUGUUUCUACUCUGCCUUUGCAAGAUUUGGCCUGAUAGUAGCAGUAGAAACUUCAGUCUGUCAACCACAAUCAUUCUCAGUACAGUAUUUUGAUGUUAAAUGAUGGAUUUACAGACUGUCCUUGCUCCACACCAUGAACAAAAAAUUGAAUUUACCACAUGUCAAAUUUUAACUUCAUUAAACAUGACAGUGUGGUAGGAAACAGUUUCAGAGUCUCUGUAAAACAAGAUAAAGUAACUGAUAAAGUAGCACUUCCUGUUUUGUACGAGCUGUUGAUUUGCUCUGUGUGUCUGUGAAUGUGUGUGUAUGUGGGGUAUUUAAGAAAGCUGUGAAUAAAUGUGGUUACAUGUAUGAACACAUACAACAACACAUGCAAAUCAUUGCAUUUUUUUCCAGCUUUACACUCACAAAUUCAUACUUUAUUUAAAUGGCUUCGAAUUGAACUUCAGAAAAUCAUCAAACUGGAGUUAAGUUUUCAUUCAAAUGAGUAAAACGAAUAAAAGGAUCUGCAUCUAUCGGUGUUUCUUUUCCUGCUGCUAUUUCCUCAGAGUUUUUCUACUGAAACCAGACAAAAGUCUGGUCAGGAAACACUGAAGGCAGCAUCCCAACAGUUCAUCAUGUUCUUAAACUUGUAUCAAUUAUAGUUUGUUGGAGUUUUAAAUUGGGUACAUGGUGGAUUGUUGUUCGCCCCAUAGGGCUGACCAAGGGUGGGGUGUAAUAACUGCUUACAUUUAAGUUUUAUAGCAGAAACUGUCUCAAAACUGUUGUUUGUGU